GACGCGUCGACGGCGCUCAGUCGUCGGCGGCGGCGGGCGCUGCUCGGUCCGCCAUGGAGCAGCCGGCGGCCAAGAGCGGCUGGCGUUUCCCUCACGUGGCGCUGCUGUACGUGUUGGUGGCAGUGCUGACGGCCGCACAGCUCGCUGGGUUUCUCCUGUUGCGGCACGGCCUCACCGAUGCCGAUCGUGUGUGUGCCGAGCGGGCGAGCCGCGCAGAGCGUCAGGCGGUCAGCCAUGUGACCGAACUUCUCGUGAAGGCGACGCAGGCCUCGCACGUCCGCCACGCCGAGUUCUCCGGCGGUGAGCUGCUGACCCCUCCGCCGGUGUUUGCCCCGGCGGCACAGCGCCGCCGCGGCCGCCGUCAGGCCGCUGAGGGUGAGCAGACCUACUCGGGGCUCGGGCCGGGCACCAGCCUGGCCUCCGGGGAGUUGAUACCCCACACGAAGACGACCCGCCGCGACGCACUGGACGAGGGCAGCGGCAGCGGUGGCAUCGCCGAGGACGAAGCCCCACUGGACUGGAUCCCGUCCUACUCACGGAUACCGGCGGAUGAUCUGAGGAAGUUCUGCUUGAGUACCCAGAGGUUCUGCAAGCCUGGAGAGAAGGGCGCAAUGGGUGAAAUUGGUGAACCAGGCCCGAGAGGGCCCAAAGGCGAGAUCGGUCUUCCAGGCCUGCCCGGAGUGAAGGGUGAGCCCGGUCCUAUCGGCCCACCGGGGCUGAAGGGAGUUCGCGGCUACACCGGCAACAAGGGACAAAAAGGCAGAGACGGCCUGGAGGGUCGCGACGGCCUGCCUGGAGAGCCCGGCAUGGACGGUAUCCCUGGCAGGAACGGCCUGGACGGAUUCCCUGGAGUGGACGGAAUUCCAGGACAGGACGGAACGCCUGGAAUCAACGGACUGCCCGGCCGGGACGGCAACGAUGGCGAGAAAGGUGCCAAAGGAGAUGCAGGUCCCAAAGGGGAACGAGGAGAAGUCGGUCUGGUGGGCCCGCGAGGUCGAAAGGGCGAGGCGGGCAAGGACGGUCAGAACGGCAUCCCGGGCAUCAACACGACGCUGGUUAACACGACCGCCGGCACGCUGCUCAUCCCGCCCUGGAUCGCCAGACCAAAUCUUCGCGACGGCCCGAAGCUGAUCCGUGUGAGCGAGGGAGACAACCUGGUUCUGCGGUGCGCUGCCGCCGGCGUGCCUCGACCCUCCAUCACCUGGGACAACCCGGAUGGAGGUCUCAUCCGAAAGGGAUCCUGGAAAGCCACCAACAUGGACGAGCGAAAUCUGGAGUUGAUUCGUAUUCAUCGGGAGCAGAGUGGUCUGUACAGGUGUAUCGCCUACAACGGCAUCCCUCCGGAUGCCAGCAAAGUGUUCCAAGUCACCGUCAUGUAUCCGCCGCUGAUCCGGUGCACCAACAACCAGCAAGUGAAGGAGCGGGGCGACUCCGUCACCUUCGAGUGCCGGGUGGACGCGUCUCCUGCGCCGCUCAACUACUGGCGCUUCAACGGCAAGGUGCUGGAGAACAGCACCAAAUACAUCACCGGACAGGCCGAGGUGCCCGGCUCGCCGCGAGAGGUGAUAUCGGAGCUGCACAUUCGGGAGAUCGGCGACCACGACUACGGAAAAUACUACUGCGUCAGCAAGAACGAGGUCGGCCAGACUGAGGGCGCCUUCACACUCUACCCCCCGGGCGCCGGUCUCAGCAAGAGCCAGCAGAACAAGGUGGUGUACGGCCGGCAGCCUCACAACAUCACGGACCAGGACGACCUGUGCCCGCCACAGAAGGAGGUGGCCUGCCGCGAGUGUCCGCAGCUCGUCUACCCGGGCGUCGGCGGCUUCCCCGUCAGCUACGGCAGCCUGGUGCGCAACGUCACCCGCAUCAUCGGACUCACGCCCAAGGGACUCGGCAACAGGACCAUGGCCUGCGAGCUGUCAGCGGUCGGCAAACCCGUCUUCAAUCGCGACUCGCGCGCACGGUUCGGCGCCUGGAUGAGCGACUCCGACCCACCCACUCUUCCCGACGCCAACAAGUACUGGUACACCCACGAGCGGGACACGUUCAAACUCUUCGAGUACUCCAGCAAGGACAGCUUCGACCGCAAGAUCGUUACCCGCAACAUCACGCUGAGGAAACCGCACCAGGGUAAUUCCCACGUCGUCUUCAACGGGUCCUUCUACUAUCACGUCCGCGGUGAGCCGAACAUCGUCCGCUUCAACCUGCGGUCGAGCCGGAUCGAGAAUACGCUGGAGCUGCCCGACCUGGCCAAGAACCGCAGUGUGACGCUGUACAACUCCACCUAUACGUACGUCGACUUUGCCGUGGACGAGAACGGCUUGUGGGUCGUCUACGCCCUGCCAAACAAUAACCUGGGCGUGGUGAAGCUAAGCUCUGAGCUGGACGUCCUGCAGACGUGGAACAUCUCCUUCCAGGGCGACAGCCACGCCAAGGACGGUGACACCAUCAUCGUGUGCGGCGUCCUCUACGGCAUCAAGAGUCGCACCGAGAGCAACACAAAGUUCAGCCUCGCUCUGGACCUGUAUACACAACAAUCUCUACCAUACAGCGGAUUGACGUACACAAAUCCAUUCCGGCAAACCACUAUGAUCGGAUACAAUCCACGUAAUAAGGAGAUCUUCUCUUGGGAUAAGGGCAACCAGCUCACCUACCCGGUCAAAUACAACGCGCUGGACGACGACACCUCGGACAAUGAGCCGAGCAUAGAAGCGCUCAUGAACUCGCCCGACCACGUCAUCAGCGAACCGGAGGAAGACCUCUGAGAGGCACCCGUUCACCACCGACGGGGCGAAGCCGUCGGUCAGCGCUGACUGACGCUAGGUCGCCGCCGACGGAGCGAAACCGUCGGUCAGCGCUGACGGGGGCUGGCGCUAGGUCACUGGCGACGGGUCAACACCGUCUGGUGAUCGCUGAUGGAGACUGCAGUGUUAGAUCACCGCCCAGGCAGGCAGGAAUAUUGGAGAAACUGACAGCACCAGUCAAUGAUGUUGGGAUGCUGCUUGCAAUGAGAAGCUACAGCAGAAAACGUAGAAAUGGUUGUUCACCUAGGGCUGAACUCGAGAAUAUGUGAUGUCGAGCCAUGAAUCGGCUUAUAACCUGCGUGACAUCCUUAUUGUAAUACCACAUGUCACAGGUGGCUAAACGUUUAACCCUCGCCCUGGCAGGGCAUUUUUCAUAACACGGCCUGGCAGGGGGGGGGGGGUCGAUGCGACCCCCCCCCCCUCGUGAUUGGCUCCUAUGGCACCUAGAAACACCAAAUUCGGUAUGUAGGUGGGCCUCCUGGAGUUCUCGUCCCUGUGCAAAUUUGGUUGCUCUAGGUCAAUAUUUAGGGGGGUUUUGGGGGGUAUAAGUGUAAAAAUUUCGCUAAAAACAGGUCAAAAGUUUUUCGCUUAUAACUUUUGAUCUAAUUAAGAUAGAGCAAAAAGAAAAGCACCAGUGAACUCAGUACGUCAGGGCACGUCGAAUGAUAUCCUUUUUAGCUUGCUUAAGUGUACUUAAAGUUUUUCUUAAAUUUUAAGUAAACUUAAAUUAAUAAAUUAAGUUCAAGUUAACCAAAUUGCAUCAUAUCGCAUAUCAUUCGAUUCGGCUGAUCACCAGGAACACAAUGAUACCAUUUUUAAGCUCUAGCGUCAUUAUGUGCCAAGUUAUUGGCAAAAACGUCAUUUGACCUCAGUUGACCUCAUUUGACCUGACCCAUGGAUAAGUACACCAAACAAAGAAGACCAAGUGACCUGCUGUUAAGUACUGUGGUUUCAAAGCACAAAAGUGAUAGAACGAAGCGGAUAUCUCCAGUAUUUUCCGAAUUUAGUAUUUUCCCAUAGGCUUAACAUUACGACGUAAUGACCUCUAACUGACCUCAGGUCAAAGACCUAAAAAAAACCCGAACUAUAUGUUAUACAACUCGGUGAACUUAGCACAUCCUGAAAGUUUGAAGGAAAUCAGUCCAAAACUGUGAGUAAGACAGGUGCAAAAAUAAAAUUGAAAAUUGACCAUGACGUUGUACCGGUUUUUCUGACCUGGUGACCUGACCCAAGGUCACUCGGACCUGAAAUUUUCAGGUCAUGUGUAAAAAGGUUGCCCCAUAGGCUGUACCAAAUUUAGCGGCGCUGCGCGCCGCCGUUUUUACGCUAUCUUCGAAAAACCUUAGGGGGGGUCGCAUCGACCCCCCUGCCAGAGCGAGGGUUAACGCAUAAAAUAAACGGCCAACAGUAGCACCUUAGAGGAAAUGUUGCCGGACGAUGCUUGUUUUACGUUUCGUCUGAUAUACCAUUGAGCUCCGAUCGACAAAAAAAAAACGAAGUUAUGGCCGUUAUAGUACUAGCUUUCAGCUUUGGGCAGUGUUUUGGUCUGUGAUGUUGUUAGAGCAAUGCUCACCAUGACAUUCGCGACUUGGGAGGUUGCAGAACGCAAAUAUUUCACCGCAGCUGGGAUCAGAAGAUGCUGAUCUGACAACCGGCUGAUGCGAUGAUCGAUGUUGUGCUGCAUCCCUCCUUCGCAAAACUAUCGGAAGAUCGAUGUAAAAACUGCGACAGAGAUAGGUCCUAUCACAAUGACUAAUGAUCGUGGAAGUGUGAAUGGCGAGGGGAACGAAUACUCUACCGUGUGUUUUAUAUGUUUGUAUAUGUUAGAUUUGUCGAGUCGGUCGAGUCGCUUGACAAGACAACAGUAAUUGACAUGUGCCCCAUAUCAAGCGUGAAGUUCUACUAAUGUCACUAGCUUCACAUUUCCCAAUUGACAGUGACAACAUUUAACCGAAUUAAUAAACGAAACAGCUUUA